AUGGCUCCAGGCGUGCGCGCUGCCACCGCCAACAGCAGCCGCUCCAGUGUAAGAGCUGGGUCAAGAGCACCACCGACACGAUAUGGCUCAUCGCUCGCGACGCGCAACGGCGCCGUAUCACCGACUGGAUCUAUCGCUUCAGUAAACACUGUUAAUACCAUCGGAACUAAGCGCAAGGAGCGUGACUUUGAGGCCGAGUCUAGCGCCGAGGAGACAAAUAUCCAGGUCGUUGUGCGAUGUCGCGGACGCAACGAGCGUGAGGUCCGCGAGAACAGCAACGUCGUUGUUACGGCAGAUGCGGUCAAGGGAAAGAUUGUCGAGUUGUCAAUGGGCUCCAAUGCCUUGAGCAACCGCUCAUAUAAUUUUGAUCGCGUCUUUUCCCAGGCGGCGGAUCAAAACAUGGUUUUUGAUGAUACAGUAAAGCCAAUUCUGGACGAGAUGCUCUCCGGAUAUAACUGCACCAUCUUUGCCUAUGGACAGACAGGUACAGGAAAGACAUAUACCAUGUCUGGUGACAUGACCGACACCCUGGGUAUGCUCUCAGACGAAGCUGGUAUCAUUCCUCGAGUCCUACAGACACUGUUCAACAAGCUCGAGCUUGAGAACGCCGAGAGUACCAUCAAGUGCUCCUUUAUUGAACUUUACAAUGAAGAACUCCGCGAUCUGCUUUCAUCCGACGAGGGCAACAAGCUCAAGAUUUUCGACGACACUUCACGACGAGGCCAUCUCAGCACCAUUGUUCAGGGCAUGGAGGAGAAGCACAUCAAGAGCGCUACCGAGGGUGUCAAAGUGCUCCAGGACGGCAGUUUGAAACGCCAGGUUGCUGCUACAAAGUGCAAUGAUCUAAGUUCUCGCAGUCACACGGUCUUCACCAUUACCACAUAUGUCCGAAAGCCGAACGAGCACGGCGUGGAUGCUCUUGUUAGUGCUGGAAAGCUGAACCUCGUCGAUUUGGCUGGAAGUGAGAACAUUCAGCGAUCAGGAGCUGAGAACAAGCGUGCUGCGGAGGCUGGCCUCAUCAACAAGUCACUCUUGACUCUCGGUCGAGUCAUCAACGCGCUUGUGGACCGCAGCUCUCAUAUUCCCUACCGAGAGUCCAAGUUGACUCGUUUGUUACAGGACUCACUUGGUGGUAGAACAAAGACUUGCAUUAUUGCAACCAUUUCUCCCGCCAAGAGUAACCUGGAAGAGACCAUAUCAACACUCGACUAUGCCUUCAGGGCCAAGAACAUCAAGAACAAGCCCCAGCUCAACCCUAUGGUUGAGAAGAAGACACUGCUCAGGGACUUCACUAUGGAAAUCGAGAAGCUCAAGAGUGAGCUUAUCGCUACUCGCCAACGCAACGGUGUCUAUCUCUCAAACGAAGCCUACGAAGAGAUGACGGCUCAGAGCGAAUCUCGCCGCAUCGUCAACGAGGAACAGGCUGCCAAGCUUGAGACCCUGGAAAACAACUUGCGCAACAAGGUCCAGGAGCUGUUCAGCCUACAGUCUACGUUCAUGGGACUAAAGAAGGAUCACGAGGGCACAAAAGCCCAGCUGGACGAUACCAAGGAAGUGUUGGACCAAACCGAGAUUGUUCUUUCUGCAACACGGAAGUCACUUGCUGAGGAAACCAAGAUCAGAAAAGCACACCAGAAGACGGAGCAGAAGCUUACCGAGGUUGGUGGAGAGCUCAUCAACAAGCUGCAUAAGACAGUCCGUGAUGUUGGUGGUCUUCAUGCCAAGAACAAGCGAAAGUCGGAUCUUCAGUCGAUCAACCGAAACACAUGGACAACAUCUCAAGAUCAGGUUGCUGAUGUUACCUCCAUGGUCGAGCGUCGAAUCAAUGAGUUCCAGGAGGAGCAGCAAGAACAUAUUGCAAGUGUCGGACAGCGCAUGGAGAACUUUGUAGAUGAGGAGCUGCGUAAGCUAUCGACUACACAAACUUUUCUCGAUGAGCACUUGAGCACAUUCACUCAGUCGAAAAAAGACUUACUCCAGUCGAAGCAAAAGUCGAAGGAGGAUAUGGACGAGGUUUUGGAGGAGAUCAAGGUUGUUCGUGACACGGUCAAGGAGCGAAUGGGCGAGAGCCUGCAGUCUAUCUCUCAUUCUGCCGAGAGGAUAGCGGCAGAUAUGUUGAAUGAGAUGACUGCGUUCCACGGACAGCUUCACAACUCUUACAGUGCUAUUGGAAAAGACUUCAAGUCCACCUUCGAGGAUCUUGUUAAGCACAUCACUGCUCAGCGAGCUGAGUGCGACAACCUCAAGCGACAGCUCCAAGCAGCAACAAACACGAUUGUGCUACAAAACGCUACAAUCUCCUCGCGAAUUCAAGAUGCCCUGGUGGAGGAGCGUCGCCAAGCCGUUGAUGAACGUCAGAAGCUCAUGACUCAAAUAACAGCUCUUAUCAACACCCAUGCCGACGCUCAGGAGUCACGGCUUCACGACAGAGCUUCCCAGAUUCAGAAGAGCAUCACGGCCACCAGCACCAACUUGGAGCAGGCCGUCGAUACAUAUGGCGAGGGUAUGUCAACGUGGGAUGUCAAGGAGGGUGAGCUACUGGACGAGGUCAAGAAGUCUCGUGAGCAGCUCAAGACGAAGUUGAAGGAUGACUGGACAGCCGCCAAUGACCACAGCAGCUCCAUCCAAGCUACUGCCAAGUCUGUUCAUGCCGAGACUGUUCGUGUUGUCGACGAGCAAAUCAAGGAUCUCGAUGUUCAAAUGGAAGCCCUAGACGACUUUGUCAGCCGUGCAAAGACUGAGAACGGCCAUCACCAUGAGUCUCAUAGCGUGUCUGUUCAAUCGUUGUCCAAUACUGUUGAGGAGUCUUUCGGAAACAUUUCAUCGCACUUCAAGUCUACAUUUGACCGCGUCAAGAACUUGGGCGAGGAGAUGGAACUCGAUCUUGGUGAUCUUCAAGAUGGCCUAGAGCCACUCGAUGAUCAGCUCUGCCAACCUCUGGCUAACUUGCGCGAAGACAUCACUCGCGCGGCCCUCCAAGAAUACCAGCCAACUGGUGAAACACCAGCCAAGGUCCAAUAUCAUUACCCCACUGACCUUCCUCGCACUGAAGAUCACGAUCUCAUCAUUUCACGCAUCGACGAGGUUUCUACACCAACCAAGGAUCGUGACGCAUCUGACAGGGAUGGUACCAUGGUCUUUGCCGACCUUGACUGCCCUCAGAAAAUGAUGACAUCCCCAGUCCGACCUCCGCCCUCUCGCAUGUCCAAUGCUAGUGCCCCUGAGCACAUAGGUCUGGCCGGAAGCCUUCGUGAAGUGAACCCCAAUGUACCAAAUCACACAACUGGAUCCAUCGGCUUCGAUCCUCGCGCCAGCAUUAUAUCCAUGCCCCCUGAGCGCACUUUGCCACUGUUUAAGCGCAGCACGCGUGUGACUCGCAGCGCCAAGAAGGUUGGAGUCAGGGAUCCCAUCAUCUCUGAGGGCGGCGAGAAUAUGCUUCCAAACGCGCUUGAGGAGAGCCUGUCUAGGAGAAAGAGUCCAAGGCUCAACUAAAACUCUUAUAUACUGUCUGUCAAUGUUCCUUUGUUCGUAGGGCCUUUUGGAUCUGGGAGUUUGGGGUGUUGUAAGGAAGCAUCGCUAUGGAUGGUUUUCUUCAUUGUUCGAUUCCCAGCACUGUUGUCUGGGUUUUCGUUGUAGGGUUAUUUGAGUACUUGAUACCCUUUGACUUUUAGACAAUUAAAGUAAUGAAUGCUAUUCACAUUCUUGUGGUCUCUCUCGUCUGCACCUCCCGUCUGCAUUAUCUUUGAACUACUUCGGUCUCAG